UAAGCACACCACUGGCAUGAUGCUGAGGACCAUGAGGCAGGGAUCCAGCAGCAUGCCUGCAGGCCUGCAGUGCAGCAACGGCACCACGCCAACCUGCGCCGGGCUCCCCAUCGCAGCCUCAUCCAAAACGCUUAAUCAAAAGGGACACUCUCCCCACUUGGUCCUGUAUGAAAAGGAAGCUUCUGGCCCACGCUGAGCACCUUGGCCCGGUGACAGAGAAUAACCCAGAUUGCUCUACAAUCUACAGCACUGCGAGGACGUUGGAGAGGAGGCCUGUGAUACAAUCUGCAUUUUCUGGCAGGUUUCCCUUCCAAGGAACCUGUUCAACAAGGUGUCUGAGGCAUAAAAACCUGCAGUCUACAAGAAUGAUUCACCAUAUCAGGAAGGAAAAAAAAAACACUGUGGAAGUUCUCCGGAUGUCUAGGCUGAUUCACCACUUGUGACCCCUGCGACUGCCUCGUUGAAAAUAGACAACAAAGUGUCUGAGAUGAAAACCGGUGGGCAGUCGUGGGCUACAUUGCUGCUCCGCUUUAAGUUGGUUGGACAGUGACUAGAACUAUCGCUUAGCUGGCACUUUCCAUUUGUCUGGAUUGUAGCCGCCUAAAAGGGACACACUGGCAAUGCCGUGCACCGACAUCUUUAAGCAUGAACCAACACAGGGAUUUAGGAAUGUGGAGACCAGCAGCUACGUCACCCUCAAAUGGCCCGGGGUACCGUCGAGAGAAAACUUUUUUAACGGCUUUAAAUUCACAACAGGCAUCACCAGGGACGCUCCUGCCUGUCUCCAUGGUAACGGGGCAAACGCAAAGCCCCGGCGUUGUCGCGUUUCGCUGCUGAUACUCGAGGGGGGCGGAACCGAGGAGGAACAACGGGGGGGCUUCGGGUUCUUCCUCUUCUUCUGUAAAGGCAAAAAUCGGUCGAAGAUGCCAUUUCACGAAGGAGUCUACUACCCCUACACCAGUGACACCCAAGGGACCCACUCAUCAGCGGGGAUCCCAUCCCUCCUGAAUUCCCCGCUCAGCCAGCAGUCUGUCAACGGCCACUGUGCACCAGCACCAGGCAUGACUCCAUCCAGCGGAGCCUCCACCAUCCUUCCGUUUAAGUUCCGCCCUCGCAGGGAAAGCGUGGACUGGCGGAGGAUCAAUGCCGUGGAUGUGGACCUCGUGGUGAGCCAGCUGGACGUGGACGCUCUGCAAGACCACAUCAGCACUGUUACGUUCUGCAGUUUGGACGGCGAGCGGUGCCAGCGGUGCCAAAGCCCAGUGGACCCGGCUCUGGUCAAGCUCCUUCGGCUGGCCCAGCUUUCAGUGGAGUGGCUCCUCCACUGCCAGGAGUUUCUCACCCUCAGCCUGCGUGCUGCGGAGGAGAGACUGGCGGCCGCGGGAGGGGAGCGGGAGCAGCUGCUGGCUCAGCAGAAGAAGCAGGAGGAGAAGGUGAAGGCGCUCACCGCCGAGCUCAAGCAGAGGAAGAAGGUUAUUCGCACACAGCAGACUCUGCUCGCCCCAAGGAUCAGCAGCAGCCACAAGUGUCCAGAGUGUGAUAAAUCCUUCCUCAAUUCCUCCUUUCUCCAGAAUCACAUGCAACGCCGCCAUCCUGACGAGUAUGAGAACCAGUUGCGGUCUGACAGUGAGAAGAAAUCUCAGAUUGAAAUCCUCAAAUCUGAGAUCAGCAGUCUGAAGGAGCAGGUUGUUCAGCAGCAGCAAACCCUGCAGACCAAAACAGCUCAGGAGAAAGAGCAACAGUCGCUGCAGAAAGACCUGCUGAGAGAACUGGACCGAUUCAAGGCUGAGGAGAUGGCACGCAUGGACAGAAAGAUAGAAGACAGCAGGGACGGGAUGCGUAGAGAGAUGGAAUACCUUUACACCAGAAACAUUCAAGCUCUCAAUGAAGUCAACCAGAAUCACACGGCUAAGCAUGAAAAAGCAGCCAGCCCUGUUCAGCCAGAGAGAGAUGUGGACAACUACAAAGAUAUGCAAAUGCUAGCAAUCCAAAAGCUGGAACACCAAAUGAAGAAACAGGAUAAAAAGUGGGAAUACAGGCUGCAGGAAAUAAAGGUUCAACAUGAGUCUGAAAAGAAUCAGUUGUUGAACGAGCUGAGCAGAACGCAGUCGGAGCAGCAGGAGCGAAGCCAGAGGCUGCAGCAGGAGAUGGGCAGGAGGCUGCAGGAGAAGGAGCAGACUAUCAGGGCUCAGAGGGAGCAGAUAAGAAAUAUUUCUUCAAAUCCGCCCACCAAGGUAGUGGAAGUGCCAGUCAUUGUCACUGCACCAGCUCCUGAGCCUAAACCAAAGAGAGUCAUACUUGAGGAGCCAGUCACUGCUCUUAAGCUGGAUCCUAUACUGGAGCUGUCAGAAGAGGAGAAAGACUCAAGCAGCUUCUCUGAGAGGAGGCCCGUGGAGAGAAAGCCUGAUCCUGUGCCGGAGAAGAAACAGAGAGCGCCCUCCAGUGUUCUGAAGAGGAACAACAGCAUCAAGAAAGACAUGCGGCCAGACAUGGAGGAGGCUGUAAUCAAGAGGCUGGAGGGUCUUGGAGUCAAGCCUGAUCAGAGCGGUCUGAGGAACAAAGAGCUGAACUCCAUCCUGGCCAAGAUGAAUUCAACACGGGAGAACUUCGCAAAAGGGAAACCUGACUUCUGGCGCCAACGAGAAGAGAUAGAGAGCACCGUGGAGCAGAAACUGGGCGGUCAGAGGAGAGGCAGCGACCCCGCUCCUGAGACACAAGCCAGAUCCAAACAGUCAGUUCAGGUGUUUCAGAUCCGUCCUCGCUCCAGCAGUCUGCCCGCCAGAGCAACAAAGGUGCAAUCUGGACCUUCAUUCAAAGAGCCCAAGACCCCCCAGCCGGCACCAAGGACCAAGACCACCACUCAACCCCAGACAUCUACACCCAACACCAAGACUGCACCGAGGAACCCCACAUCCAAGACCCCUCCUUUCAGCUCUGAUGAAGAGUCUGAAGAAGAGGACACAGACUCAGAGGAGGAACAGCCGUACAAACUCCAGAGCAGAAAAUCACUACAGCCCAGACUUAACCAGGCCAACCCUGUCCAAAUCAAAACAGGAAAAGCAAAUCCACAGCCACUCGUGACUAAGACAGUCGUCUCAAAGAUAGAGAGUGACGUAGAGGACUUUGAUGAAGAUUGGUCAGAUGUGAGUGAGCUCCAGGAGAUCGACCCUGGACGACUUCAGAGUCACAAAGACCAGAAUGGGAACAUGGAUAAGAAAAGCUUUGGUCAAGAGAACAAAAUCGAUGACUUGGUGAGAAAAAUGGAGAAGCAGUUUGUAGACAGAGGUUUGAAGAAACCAGCAGGGGGCGUCAGCAUCAUACCAGGGAGGAGGGAUGAGGUUCAGGAGCUUACGUACACAGAUCUGGAGGAGAGCAGUGAGUGGUUGGUCUCCUCCUUAGAGGACAGAGUGGAAAGGUCCAAACCAGCUCAUGGCUCUGGACCAAUCAGGAAGAGCCUGGAGUCAUCCAUCACCAGCGUUUGGGGAACCUCUACAGGAAAGGCUACCAAAUCAGGUCUGACUGAAGCUGGAACAGCGAGCACCUUGAAGAGCAGCCUGUGCUCCCUCAGUGACAUCAGCGACUCAGAGGAGAUGAGCAAUAAACACAAUAAACGAUACGGCUGAUCAGGUGAUGCAGCCGAGCACAGACACCUCAGACCUCAGUCAACUUCUCUGAAAUUUACAGGGAACACCAGAUGGCCUGAGUAUACACAUGGAUGCUUCUACACAGACAAAGCAAUACUUUUAAAGGGAGACAGUUUUUUGCAUAUAGAACCGACCAUCUAAUAAAUGAGUUAGAGAUAAAUAACAUUACAGAUUUAUUUUAUAGUUUCAUUCUAUGCCUUGUGCCAAUUCUUUGCUUGCCUUAGACCUUUUUCAGUGUUUUGUUUAUACACGUUAAUCUUACCUGCACUCCAAAUGAGACUGUAUGUAGUUUGUGUGAAAUUUUGUACAUUUUUUUUUUGUACAAAUUUUUAUAACGUCUUCACGUUUAAAAUGAAGCAAUGAGAUGUGAUUUUGUAUAGAAAAUAUUUAUACCAGCAAUAAAAGAUUACUCUGUGAAA